UUAGGAGAAGAGGCUAAAUUACAGUGUGCUAUACAAAAUCUUGGUACCAGAACUGUUGUUUGGCGAAGAGCAUCUGAUCCUAAUCCACUUACAAUAAACGAUGUAACUUAUGUUUCGGACUCAAGAAUUAAAGUAUAUCACGAAAAAUAUUCAAUGGAAUGGAGUUUACAUAUAAAAGAUGUGACGUAUGAGGAUGAAGGUGUUUAUGAAUGCCAAAUAAGUUCUAAAGCUAGAAGUAUUAGACGACUCAUCAUGUUGCGGGUUAGCGAUAUUGAAAUCUCAGGAUCAACGUUUGUAGAGAAGGGCAAUCCUUUAAAGAUUACGUGUAAUGCAACUGGAAAUGACUAUCCCCCGGAGGGUCUUGAUUGGUUCAAAGAUGGAUUAAAAAUAACGCCCAAUGAUCGUACAUCUAUAAACAUGGAUGUGUCGUUAUCGGAUAGAACUAUUAUUAGUACGUUAGUGAUGUUACGGGCGGAUAUGUAUGAUGCGGGAACGUAUGUGUGUCGUACGUCAGAUUUACAGAUAACUAGUGUCAAAGUUAAUGUAUUAAAUAGUAAGUAUACAUUUCAAUUGUAUACAACUGUAUAUUCCAAUGCAAUACAAUAA